CGUCGCCGCAGCAGUGCUGCUGCUGACUCCCGUGUCCGACUAUCGCGGUGGAGUUUGCUCCGGACGGACCGUGACCAUCGCGCCUGCGUCCGCGUAACACACUGCGCGUCGCUCUGCGUCAUCCACACGCAUACUCUUCGUCUUGAGCGUGCGCGCUCCAUACGCUAUUAUUGCCGGUAUCUUUAUCGUUAUUAUUUGAUUAUUGUCCAUUCGACGAUCCACCGCCGCCAACAGCUUUCGACGCGGACCAUCGACGAGGUGCGUGUGCUCGUCCGCCGCGGCCCAUGAAGAGGAGACGUCCGUGAACGAGCUUUCGUCAGCCGCGCGCUACCAGGUAUUUGAGUAUUGGUUCGCUACACGGAACAAUAUUGCGAUGUGCUAUUUUCCAUACCAAUGACAAAAAUACUAUUUUCGUGUAUUCGUGUACUUACAAUGUAAUAUAAACGUACGGAAAACAACUGAAUUACUUGGGAACGCACAUUCUUGAUCAUCAUUUCCCUCGCUUCGCCGCGGCCCGGCCUCCGUCACAUCAAUAAUAGGUUUGAAAUGUCAUCGGAAAUGUUGCGUGUUGAUAAUCUUCGCCAACGGCUAUUUUGCAACUCUGUAUUGGACACCAAACGGGAGAGCCGGUGUCCCGUAUGCAACGCAAUGUUUUCUACCACAUACAGUAUGCGAUUGCACUUGCAAACCGCCCAUAUGAAUUUGGAACCACAAAAUCUUUCGGCCAAAACGUUUUACCGUGAGUUCAACAACAAUAAUAGCAUCAACAAUAAUAAUAAUAACAACAACAACAACAACAACAACAACAACAAUAAUAACAACACCGUCGCCGUAAAGUCAUUCAACAGUCCCGAGCGCGUGACACACAUCACGCCGGUUAAGUCGUUGUAUAACGGUGAUUCGACGUGCAGCACAGACUUAAGUGAUGGGUACCCGUCGGAUAAGGACUCGUAUUUUGGGAACUCGCCAAAAGACGAAAUACCCCUAUCCGUCAACGUUAGCGGUGGUGGCGGCAGCAGUGGCGUUGGCAGUUACACAUCGCAUUUGCCGGUCAAGCGCAGCAAUCAUCACUUGAAAGCCAAACGCACGUACACGUGUCGGCUGUGCUCGACCGUGUUCGGAAACUUGCGCGCAUUGAAAGGCCAUAACUCAUCCAGUCACAACAAGUCCACCAACGGGCUAUAUGCGUGCAAUAUAUGCGAGUUCUCGAGCACCGAGAAAGCGUCCCUGAACCAUCACAUGAAGGGUCACACGGGCGAAACGCCGUAUGUUUGCAAAAAGUGCUCGUACGCGUUCACCACCAAGGCCAACUGUGAGCGACAUCUACGGACCAUACACAAAGCGUCCAAUUCCGAAGUGAAGAUGUCGAUAUUAUUUAAGAACGAAGAGAAAUCAUCGCAAUCGGCCAACGGUGACGAGUCAGUCGUUGUGGAGUGCAAGAGUGGUGGGGUGGACGACGAGUACAAGAUAAUGAUGGAAUAUUCAUAUUACGAAUCGUCGGCGGGCCAAAAGAGUUCAGAAGACGAUGAAGACGAUUUCGAUGAGCCAUUGGACCUGAGUAUGAAACGUUUCAAACAGGAUUUUGACUGCGAGCCGCAGGAUUUGUCCAUGAACAGUGUCAAGAAAGAUUCGUCCAUGUUAGACCGUGCGGACCAUUCGGAUGAAGAAGAUACCGUUGUGAAGACGACGGAAACCUCGUUUAGGGAGCAGUUUGUUCCGCAAGCCUCGCCCGGCUACAUGGACUUGACGAUACCCACGCCUUUGCAUGCAUAUUUCCUGAAUGAGCACAGAAUGUUCUUCAACGGCAUGUACCCGAAUGCGGAACGAAUGUUGCCCAUCCCACUCACCGUUGACAUGAUCCGCGCCAUGCGGCAGAUGAACGAACCGCCGCCGGCACCGGUUCAAGAGCCGCUCGAAGUGCUACCACCCAAGCCCAAGACGCCUGAACCUGUGGCCGUACCGUCUUCGGCAUCACCAGCGUCAGCCGCGACGGAUGUCGCCUUGCAAAAACCCAAGGACACGAAUGGACUGCGAUUGGUGAUGAAGAAUGGCAUUUUGGUACCUAAACAGAGACGGUUCAGGACGGACCGACCUCACGUUUGCGAGACGUGCAAGCGAGCGUUCACGUUAAAGUCGAACCGUGACCGACACGUCAAGAACCAACAUCCCACCGAUUGGCACAAGAAACCCAGAUCGCUGUCCAAAUCCGAGCCGCAAUUCUUGGCCACCAAACAGGAACAAGACUUAGCACCGAUUUCGGAUCAGGUGAAAAUGGCUUUGUCGUUAAAAUGCCGGCAACAGGAUCAACAGCAACAGAGGACGACCGAAGACGAAGUGGACGACAGGGAUGAGGAAGAGGAUGACGUUGUGGAGGAAGACAAAUUGGUCAUAGUGGAAGACGUCGUUGACAAUUUGAAGCUCGAAGUCAAAGAAGAGUCGGCCGAUUUGGCCAGCGUUUCCAGACUACUGGACAAUGCUUCGCACCAAAUGUUUCCCCAGUUUAAUAGAUCCGAUGAGGAUCAUAACGAAGCGACCAGCAGUGAGGAAGAGCACUGCGAGGUGGUCUAUUCCGAAAACGAUGGAUCCGGCAGUACUAACGCGGGCAACAACAAUAAUGACAUACAUUUCAAUAAUGACAAGGACGAGAGUCGAGAGAAACGAAAAAAGGUGAGCGCAUACGCGGCUGCACCCAACCGCGUGCUGUGCCCGUUCUGUUACCUAUCGUUCCCGUGGACAUCCUCGUUGAAACGUCACAUCCGCACGCACACGGGCGAGAAACCGUACCAAUGCAAGCACUGUCCGCUGUCGUUCUCGACAAAGUCAAACCGUGAUCGCCACAUACUACGCCUGCACUGCACGCCGCCUAGCAAGUCAGCCACGUCGUCCGACAACGAAGCGGUCAUCUCCGCCGCGGUCACAGCCUUCACCACGACUACUAACGACGCAGGUGCCUCACCUGAUUCAAAAAAUUUGUACAAGUGCACGUUAUGUCCGAAGACGGCGUUCUCCAAGCGCAAAAACCUCAUAAGUCACAUUAACCGGAUGCACUUUGAUAAAAACGGAGGUGGCGGCCGCGGUGAUGGCAGCGGUGGUGGUGAAGGUGAAGGCGGUGGUAGUGCUGGAGUGGACGACGACGAUCGAGGUGGUGACGGUUCCGAUGACGGGCCAGAAUCGGAACGCGACUACGCGAACAACUUGAUCGCGUUACCGGGGAACAACGGCACCGGAGUCCCUUCGACCGCUUCGACAACCGGGUCCGAACCGUGUUUUAAGUGUCACCUGUGUGACAGCAGUUACCUGGAGAGGCAAAGUGCCCUGGACCACAUCCGGAUCAAUCACGCUGAAUGCUACGAGAUACUAGUAUCGCAGGGCGCCAUGGACAACGAUCACGAGGCGUCGGCCAUCAAACAGGACGACGUGGAAAACAGAAAGGUCCUGUGCGCGUUCUGCUUGCACCGUUUCUAUUCGGCCGAAGACCUGCGCCGGCACAUGCGCACGCACACCAAGGAACAGCCGUUCGCGUGCCAGUCGUGCAAGCGCCGGUUCACUCUCAAGCACAGCAUGGUCCGGCACAUAGCGAAAAAGCACGGCGGUGCGGGCGUGGGCGACGCCGAACAGCCGCAGCAGCAGCAGCACCACCACCACCAGUACUCGUACCAGUACCAGUACCAGCGGUCGCGGAGUUCGAGCCCGCGACGGCCGCCGACGGGCGCCGCGUACGACGACUGCCCGUCCAGAGACGAGAAUCGCGCGGCCGACACCGGGCUCAUCGGCACGCUGCUCGGGAUACGUGACAACACGGUCAUCGACCAGGUGCUGCAGACCAAGUCUCCGGAGGACGCGGCCAAAAUGUUGGGCAUCGAAAACAACGAAUGACCGGAGCCGGCGCGCGCAUCUCGUCACCCGUGCCCAGGGUGAUGAUCUUAUAAUCUGCCGCCGCCGUCACGUUCACCGUGUCCAAAGAUUUUUCACAAGUGUUUGUGGUACCGUGCGCGCGUGGGCAACGGUUUUGACACCGGGAACGGGCCGCCCUUUUACACGUAUACGUAAACAUAUUUAGUCGUAGCGCGUAGGUAGGACGCGUAAUUGUAAUGUAGUUGAUAAGGAUCGUAUUUUAUAACACUCGCGUGUGUACGUACGUUAAGUUUUUAACAUAAAAUAUUUUUACAGUUUUCAUACUCGGUGUUCACGUGUGCACUCGUGUCGACAAUCCGUCCGAUGACACGGCGGACCCGGUGUGUUUGGCUGACCGUUGUUGCCUUAUUACGAUAUUUUAUUAUUUCGGUCCCGUGCUCUAUUAAUAUUAUUAACUAUUGAUUAUUCUUGUUAUUAAUAUUUUUACGACGCGCGACGACGAUUAUAAUAAAAUAUACGUAUUUAUAGUAGGAUAUAGAUUGUACAUAAUUUUCUGUGUUGAUUGUAUUUAUCAUUAUCAUCAUGGCUUACCUCUUACCGCACUGGACAGCGUUUUGUUUCUUUAAAUUAAUAUUAUUAUUAUUUUUUUUUUUUUUUUUUUUUUUUUUUUUUACCGAACCGGUUAUAUUUGAAUCUAUACGUGAGCGCGUAUAUGUAGCAGUUUAUUUAAAAAUCAAUUAAGUAGUAGUAGUAGUAAUUAUGUUAGUAUGGUUGGUAAAAAGCGUAUAUAACGUUGAGGAUAAAGGCGGUAAACUGCGUGGACGAUGGAGUGAGUGUUGAAAAAAUAUUAGAAUGUACUCUUAAUAAGUAUACAUUUUUUUUUUAAAUAUUUUUUUUCGACACUCAUUCGAUUGCUUAAGUCGUGUUUAACCAAAUAGCGAAAAUAAAAGAACAUUUUACACUAUUAUAAUAUCGAUGUUGUCGACGUAAACGAUAUCAAUAUUAUAUUCGCAUAUUAAGCGACCGUUAACAGUAAAAUUUUCUAUUGACUAUUUUUUUAUUUUUUUUUAUAAUCAUUCGUUUAUGUAUCGUUUUAUACCAUUGCGAGGACGUCUCAGAUUCGUAUUUUUCGCUUACACAACGAACAAUACGAAUUUGAUACUCGAUACUCGCGGAACACGAGUUUAAACGUUUUACGUGUUUCUCGACCCUACCAAGACGGAAAACUUUUAAAUUCGCGUUUCUCACUGACCCACUAACAAGCACCCCGAACAGAUUUCUGUCGUAACAAUGAU